AAGGUUUAGUCCCUCUCUGCCUUUUUUCUGGAGAUGAUAAAUUGAAAAAGAAGUGUGAGACGGCCGAAUGGCAUGAAGAUCAAAUUAUCGACUCUUUAAAAUUAUAUAAGUUGCUGCUGUGGCCUCCUGAAGACCAGCCAUUUUCUUCUCUCCCUCCACCACGGAACCUCCACGAUAAUCCUCCUUUUUUAUUUUUUGAUUUAUUAUUUUAUUUUAUUUUUCUCCCAGUUCACAGCUUUCCCUACAAAAUCUCUUUGUUUUCCAUGAAAAUUCUGGUAAUAACUCCGUCCCUAUAUAAGAGCUCCCCUUCUCUCUUGACCCCAAAUCACAUACCACCCCACUUCUCUAUCCACAAAAAUUUCCCAUCUCUUUCACGAAGUUUCUCACUCUUUAAACAGACCAAGCUUUACAAUCCCAUGGCCGCUUGUAUUGAUACUUCUAGAACAGGAACAGCCCAAACGAACCCGCUUCCCCGCAAUCCAAAUAGGUCCCAAACCGAUGAUAACCAUUACAAGUUCGUAAAUUUGUGCCGACCCACUUAUUCUGAUCAGGUUUCCUGCUUACCCAUUUGUCAGAGUCCCAAUCAGUUCACGCAAACACGCACAGUCGUGGAUUAUAUUGAGAAAAAAGAAUAUGAGGUUGAUCUGUGGCUUGAAAUGCAAGAGGAAGCUCGUUUGGAUGUCGAUCAGGAGCCCAUCUUGUCCAAUUACUAUUUCACUUCGAUUCUGUCACACAAUUCGCUAGAAAGUGCCUUGGCAAAUCAUCUCUCUGUCAAACUUAGCCAUUCAAGUCUUCCUUCUGGUACUCUGGUCGAUAUCUUCAAAGGAGUACUCGCAGAGGAUCAAGAAAUCAUAAGGGCAGUCGAGGAUGAUCUCAGAGCAGUGCAAGAGAGAGACCCAGCUUGUAUAAGCUACGUCCACUGCUUCUUGCAUUUCAAAGGCUUCCUCGCAUGCCAAGCUCACAGGGUUGCACACAGAUUGUGGUCACAGGGCAGAAAGGUCUUAGCUUUGUUGAUUCAGAACAGAGUCUCCGAGGUUUUUGCAGUGGAUAUUCAUCCUGGGGCAAAGAUCGGACGUGGAUUGUUGCUCGACCACGCCACCGGAGUUGUGGUCGGUGAGACGGCGGUGAUCGGAAAUAAUGUGUCGAUUCUGCAUAAUGUGACAUUGGGAGGGACUGGUAAGGCCUCUGGGGACAGACACCCAAAGAUUGGUGAUGGGGUGCUGAUUGGGGCUGGGACUUGUAUUUUAGGGAACAUUAGGGUUGGUGAUGGUGCUAAGAUUGGUGCUGGUUCAGUAGUUCUGAAGGACGUUCCACCAAGGACCACUGCUGUUGGGAACCCAGCUAGAUUGAUUGGAGGGAAAGAAAACCCAACUAAACUUGAUAAAAUUCCCAGUCUUACCAUGGACCAUACUUCCCAUAUAACUGAGUGGUCUGACUAUGUUAUCUAAAUGACCAUAUUUAGUUUUUAUUUUUCAGUUUAAUUGGGAUUUUGGAGCAUAUUGUUUGUGUUUUAAGAGAGAACUGAGGUUCUCCUAUUACCAAACAGAGAGAGCCUUGUAGCCUUUGAGUAUGUGCCCAGCAGAAGCUGUUUUGUAUGCUUUUUGUUUUGUGCAAAGUUCAAGUGAGAACAGAAGUUCUCCUAGUAGCUUGCAUAAUCUUGGAGCUCAAAAGUAUGGGUAUAAGCACAGCUGGUAUGGUGCUGUUUAUGUGUUCAAUGUAUUAUUUUAAGAUGCCAAGACCAAUCCUGUUGCAAUAUAUAUAUAUAUAUAUAUACAUGAAGAAUUUUUA